UUGUAUUCAAUUCUUUGCUCUUAGUCCCACAAACAGAAGCAACACAGCACUCUCCGUCAGCUCGUAGUAAAGCCUUCAGCAUGUGGGCCAUCACCGUCAUCUCUGUGGCCUGUCUGCUGGUCAGUCCAUCCCUGGCUGGGAUCAAAGACCUCAGCUCUCACUUCACUGACCCUGAACCGGACCCCAGAGGCUUUGAACCAGGGGGAGCAACGGAUAUGGAGGCCAUCCCCUUGGAGUUCCACAAAGAAAACACUGUCACUAAUGAUCUCAUUUUUGAUGGCUUCGAAGAUGAAGAUUAUAUUGAUUUUGACAAGAUUCUUGCUGCGGGUAAUGAUGACUACAUUGAAGGCGAUGAGAUAGAUGAGAUCGCCACACCAGCACCAGACAUUGACAUCUUCGCCGAACCAUCUGACCCAAAGAUCCGCCGUGCCAGACUCCUGAGGCUGUUCAACGGUCGUUCUCGCCUCCAGCGCCUCAACAUCGUCAACGCCCAUUUUGGUUUCAACCUCUAUCGAAGUCUUCGAAACGAUGUCAACCAGAGUGAUAACAUCCUGAUGGCACCUGCCGGGAUCUCCAUCGCCAUGGGGAUGAUGUCUUUAGGGGCCGGACCUGGAACCCACGAUCAGAUCUACCAAGCUAUGGGAUUCGCUGAGUUUGUCAAUGCCAGCCAUCACUAUGACAACACGACAGUGCAUAAGCUCUUCAGGAAGCUAACACACAGGCUGUUCAGGAGGAACUUUGGUUACACACUGCGCUCUGUAAACGAUGUCUACAUAAAGAAGGACGUCGCAGUGAAAGAUACAUUCCGUGCGGAGACAAAGGCUUUUUAUUUUGCGGAGCCGCAAUCAGUGGACUUCAAGGACCCUGCAUUUCUGAACAAGGCCAACCGCCGCAUCCUAAAGCUGACCAAAGGGCUGAUCAAGGAGCCGCUCAAGACUGUGGACCCAAAUAUGGUGCUGAUGCUGCUCAACUACCUGUACUUUAAAGGUACAUGGGAACAGAAAUUCCCAAAAGAAAUGACUCACUAUCGCAAUUUCCGAGUUAACGAAAAAACAAAUGUAAGAGUGCCAAUGAUGACCAACAAGGGGAACUAUCUGGCUGCUGCCGACCAUGAACUAGAUUGUGACAUCCUGCAGCUCCCUUACACAGGACAAAUCAGCAUGCUCAUUGCCUUGCCCAGGAAGCUCACUGGCAUGAGGACCUUGGAGCAGGAGAUCUCUCCCACUGUUGUCAACAAGUGGCUCAAAAACAUGACAAACAGGACUCGAGAGGUGGUGUUACCCCGUUUUAAACUAGAGCAGAACUACGACUUGAUUGCAAAUAUGAAGGAGAUGGGCCUCACUGACUUGUUCCAGGAGAGUGGAGAUUUCUCUGGAAUAACCUCUGAAAAGGUUUUCAUGAACUGGCUGAAGCACCAGGGAACAAUCACAGUGAAUGAAGAGGGGACUGAGGCUGCUGCUCUGACCCAGGUGGGCUUCAUGCCCCUUUCCUCUCAAAUACGCUUCAUUGUGGACCGUCCCUUCCUCUUCCUGAUCUAUGAGCACCGCACAGACUGUCUUGUGUUCAUGGGCCGAGUGGUCAAUCCUUCAAGAAACUAAACUUGACCCAAGAGCACUUUUGAACAGCUAAACCAUUCUCUACAAAUCCUAUGUUUGGUCAGAUAUUCCAACUAACACAAUGCUGAUUUCAAUAGAUUAAAUAGAUGUUGUUUUUCUAUUAACAACAUUUAAACUUCUUAUUAUUUCUCUGUGUUGUGAGUCUGUCGGAGUUAGUGAAUGAAUAUUUGUUAUCUGUCUGUUAAUGUUUUAUCUUGUGCAGUGAGGCUAGAGGAGAAAUGUGCUAAAAAUGACAUUGUGUAACUGCCAUAACCCCCAUGUUGUACUGUAAUAAUUGCAGAAACACUAUAGAAACAUGAAUAACACAAGGAAGGGGAUAAUAAAAUAACAUAUAAAACUA